ACUGCCGACAGGAGCGGAUGGCGUACGUUGCCGCUCGCGCCACGAUAACCUCGUGAUUUUCCUUUCUGUCAUACACCGUCUCAGUCACCGUCGUCGAUUUCUUGUGACGAGCCACAAAGUAUUUCAAACCAUCUACCGCGACUGCAUAGAGUCGGUAUCAGGUUCAAUUGUGACGUUGCGUGCCGCGCUUCGAUCUCGAGAUAGAAAAAUAAAAACGAACGAGCGAAAGACAACAGGAAAGGAAAUAAAGAAACGGGAAAGGCGAGAGGUAGAUUCUUUUUUCGUUUCGUUUUCUUAUCGUCUCGGUUCGUCGAUUCUCAUCGUGAUCGUCUGUAAUCGACGGACAUCGCAUUCGCGCGCACAUCUUUAAAUACCACGUGUGUGCGCACGCACGCACCAACUUCAACGACGCACGUACUAUACAUUAUCAGACCCGCGCGACUGGCGUACGGGGCGCCCUCCAAAAGUCGUGUGUGCGCGUGCAACCCUGCCGGAGCCCGCUGACGUUCGUUACCAUAGUAGCGCGCGUGCCGAUCAGCUGAUCGUCGGGAUCCGAGCGUGUUCGACCGUCGGCAGUCGGCCAACAGCGGCUCCGUCCACUCGUUUCGUGCGUUCGCGCAGUUCGCUUGCCUUUCGCGCCGUGAUUUAGUGAUCAACAAACCAACUGUUUCAUUAACAUCCCAUUUCGUGGCAACGCACACAGUCGCAGGAAAAUUCUCGAACGAACCAGACAAAUAGAUCGUUCUCACCGCUCGGAUCAUCUUAAUCACCGUUAUCGAAGUUGAAAGGAUGCACUGUAACAGAUACUCGUGCUAUCAAUGUAAUUAGCCGAGUAGACGAUCAGACAUUCGAGUGAAGUAUGAUUUGAAAUAGAUAAAGUCGAACCAAUUACGUUGCUCCAGUAAUUCGUGGUGUGCUUGCGGCAAGGAAACGCCAAUGCAUUUUGGGAUACACCGUCGCAUAUGAUUAUCGAUACCUUGCCAUGAUUUACGUCACACGUUUCAAAUUCUACCAUCCAGGAACGAAAUUCAACAGAAAUAUAUCCAACGACAGUGAUUUGGGGUACUAGUUAUCAUGAUUUGUUCAAUUGAGCGCUGUAAAGCAUCUCGGUUGAAACGUCGUUUGGUUGUCGAACAUUUUCGAAUUACGUUCGAACAAAAGUUUAUCGAACGUGAGAGUACAUACCUAAUAAUCGAAACUAUAUUCGAUAAAUAACCGCAGUAAAUACAGACACAAGCAAUAGUGUGUCGUCAGGUGAUUUUACGAACGUAUCUGAACGUGACUUUGACAGCCAGUGUCAUCAACAAAACGCUACAAUACCAUCAAAACAAAUUCACAAUGAAAAAUGAUAUCUUUAUCUAAGUAGAUAUCUUUCGAGCAAUUACGUCGACUAAUUUGCAUAUGGAAUGAAAUUCGAUUGCUUGAACUAAGUCGACGGUGAAUUGCAACACUCGCAAAAAUGAAACGCAACUAUUUUGAAUCGAUCGAUGAGAAGCUAGUGUCGUAGUACAUUUUGGGGAAAAAUAUCGAUAUAUCGAUAAUGCUUGGUGUCAGGUGUCGCUAGACUGCAGUGAACGAUGGCCGCGCAAACUUCGUACGUACGAAACGAAGAACGGAACGUAUCGGAAUUGAAAAUAGCGGUCGUGGUGAAUAAUAAUUUUUGCUAAAACAAGUUACGAACUCGUUUGCGAUAAUGGUAUAUCGCAGAAUGUGAAAGUUUCUUCAUAGGAGUCCAAUUUUUGACAAUCGUUUGUACCUGUGGCAGAUCGCGUAACUGCAUUGACCAGACUCUCAGUGAAUAUGUGAAGCAACUGAAUUCUCUUUUUUUUUUUUUUAUAAAACUUUCGUCAAAAGUGAUCUUUCAUUUUGUUUCGUGCCGUGCCUGUAACUGCAUUCCUAUGCAUCAAUCGCUACAAUGACAGUUCGAGGUAAUUUCUCGUUCACGUGAAAACUCUGUGAUAGCCGAUGCCAGCAACGCCAUUAUUGGGAUUAAGUCAAGUGUGAAAAGAAAUCCAGGAAAUCGGUUCCUGAAAUCAUCUUGAUAAAAAGCUUGGUGACGUACGCCGAACGGGCCAGUAUUCAUGCCAGUAUGCCAAUCAGAUGCCAGUAGAGAGCCAGUAUCUGUAUCUGUCGCCACCGAUAGCCAAUUAAUAAGUUACUUAGAUAGUUAAAUUAAAUAGACGAUACAUUCACGUGUCGUUCAACAGGCAUGACGAAUAUACACCGUAUAUAUACAUAAAAAUAUAUAUAGAUACAAGUAUACACACACGUACAUAUACGCAUAUAAGAAGAGAGAGAGAGAGAGAGAGAGAGAAAAGUAUAACAUAAUUGAAGGAGCGAUAAGUGUCGAAUUAUCGGCAAUUAUUUUCACAUCGUACUGUUUUUUUCUUUCUACGACCACGACGAUUUUCUCCGCUCGUUCAUCGGUUUCUUUUUCGUUAUUAUCGGUGACUGCGCGUUCUCCUUGCGAGAGUAUAUCCACAAGAUUGGACAGAGUGCAAUCGAGUUGUGAUCAUCGAAGUGGACUGACCGAUCGAGUUCUCGGCUGUGAAGUGAAUUAAUAUCCCAGGAAAACGAUUGAAACGGAGAAAGGAAGUGAACAGCGUACACAGGCGAGCACGGUGGCUGGAAACGGUGACUUACAUCGAGAGCGCCAACCUGCAAUCAAGGUUCAUGGUUUUCAUGGAUGAGAGCGAGCUCUCGAGCAAGCGGUGGGCCAGUGCGCCCCGCCGCCCGGACAGCCCCUGCGUCCUGGGGGCACCAACGUCUAGGGAGGCGGCGGGACCGCCGGUGCAGCUGGAACCAGUGGACCUGUCCGUGAAAACUCCCGUGGUGUUGCAGGUGCCUCGGUACAGUCCAGCGGCUAUAAUUACCGCCGCGGCUAGAAGAAUCCCUUCACCUUCGACGACGCCUACGCCACCGCCGCUCUCCAUAUCUACCGUGUCGCCGCCAUUGCCGCCUCUGGGUGAAACAGCGUGGGAGAGGAACCGGGAACGAGAACGCGACAGGAUGCGAGAGAGGAGCACGGAGAACGAGCAGCAGAGGGAACGGCAGCAGGAACGAGAGUCGGGGAUCAGGGAGAGGGAGCCGCGGGAUCGAGAAAAGGAACGGGAUCGCGAUAGGGAGAGGCAAAGGGACAGGGAAAGGGACAGGGAGCGGGACGUGUCGGUCCGCAUGAUGGAACCGCUCGAUCCUGUCUUCGUUUCCCCCUCGGCGGCCCUGCUCGCGUUACAGAGGAUAAAGGAAACGUCCCUCGUGUUUCACAAGCGUCCGGCGCUCGCGACCGGAUUAGGAAUCGGUGGCAGAGUGAACGCCGGUGUCGGAGGGAACGGCGGUAGUUUAGCGGUGGACAACGAAUGCGGCGACGCGCUGAAGAGACGCAAGGUCCACAGAUGCGACGUGGCAGGCUGCGACAAGGUGUACACGAAGAGUUCUCACCUGAAGGCGCACAAGAGAACUCACACCGGCGAGAAACCGUACCAGUGCACGUGGGAGGGUUGCACGUGGAAAUUCGCGCGUUCCGACGAAUUGACGCGGCACUAUCGCAAGCACACGGGCCAGAAGCCGUUCAAGUGCCAUCUUUGUCAGCGAUCGUUUUCACGGAGCGAUCAUUUAUCGCUGCACAUGAAAAGGCACUGAUAAAGAGGACAGUUCUAGCCUAUUGGAGUCAGAGCGAGAAGAGACGGCAGAGAGACCCGUCCCGGUGAAUCCCGGGGGCCAGGAAUCGUAAUCGUGGACGACGACGACGAUGAUGAUUCUUUCUGUUUUUUCGUUACAUUCGGGACCUGAAGAGCCUCGCAUCGUUACUCGAAUCGUCUCCAACGUGAACGUGAAGAGUCGGAGGCUGAAACUAGGAGAAAAAGAAAAAAAAAAAAAAUUAAGAAGCAAACGAAUUGUUCAUUAGGUUUAUAGAGGUUUAACGGAAGUAUCAUUGCAAUUAUCGGUGAUUAAUCGUGCGACCAGCCUGCCAGCAAUCGUGACAAACGCGAGUCUUUGAGACUUACUGUGGCAGACGUUGAUUUUUCGGGGAGGCAGCUCCGACGAAUUUGAACUCUCGCAUACGCUGAGAACCUCUCGACGACCUCUGCAAGAAGUUUCAGUCGUUGCUCGUAACUUUUUAAAAAGUUGUUAAAAAUAAGACACGAAAGUGGAUCGAUUAUAAAGUUCAUGUACGUUGUAACAUUUGGUUUAUUAUCGGAUGAGUAAUUCGCUUAAAACACAAUUCGACACAAUUCACUUCUACGACAAAAUGUAAAUUCGUCGAUACAUUCUUAGGAUAUUGUAAAAAUUGUCCAUGUUUAAUAAUUAAGAGCCGAUAGAAAAUCUCGCGGGAUUAUUUAGAAAAGUGUUAUCAAUGAAGAUGAAGAUCAUCGGAGCUGCCUCUGCCGAGGUUGACAUCUCUUUUCUUUGUUUCUUGUUGCAUUGCCUCCCUGUAAGGGACGAAUUUUUCUGUUUUCAAUCUGCGUUACUUUUUUUUUUCAAGCGAACGCGCUUAGGACAUAAGAAUCGUUGAUAUUUAAAAUAUUUGAUGGAAAUUUAUUUAUUGGAGGUGAUAUUUAAAAGACGAAUAUCGAACGAAGUUCAGCUUCGACGAUUUAAAAAAAAAAAAAAAAAAGAAAAAAAGGGAAAGGAGAAAGGAACGAGCGUGGAUAGAGAAAAAGCGAUUGUUGCAGGUUCUCUGCAAGUGGCACGCGGUCGCUUCCGUUUUUUUUUUUUUUCAAUUGUAGCCAAUUUUUACUCGUUCGUAAUUCCAGUUUAUUUCCAUUUCUUUUUCUUUUUUUUUUCUUCUUUUUUUUUUGUACGGUUAAAUAAGGCCAGCUCAACUAGUCUAGAGCACCAUAUGUAUCGUCUAUUGCGAAGAAUAGAGCCAGUAAAAAAAAAAAGGGAGGGGGGGUGAAAGAAGUACUAUCGUUAAGGUAAUUAAACGGUUAAUAAAUAAAGAAAAUAUCGAAACUCCGGUGACGGAGCUUGGGACUUAGCAUGCUCAGUUAAAUAAACUACAAAUCGUGAUCGUUAAACGUUUUUUAAUGCAUAAAAUAGGGAUUUUAUCAGAUUUAUGCACAAAGAAUUUCGCGUUUAGGGACGGACAAUCAUCGACGUUUUCACUGUCAAAGAAAACAAGGGAAUUUGACGCUCUGAAAGCCAGUAUUACGCGUGCAUUAAGCAAUAUACAAUUGUGUAUACUAUCGACGAUAGGCGUUGCGAUGCUUUUACGAGUCUUUCUUUCGUUCGAUCGUGCAAACGAUUCUUUCGAUCGUAGGCGGUGUCUGAGAGAACCGGUACGCCCUUUCGGCCACGCGUAUAUACACAAAAAAAAAAAAAAAAAAAAUAAGGUGCCAAAGUAGAAGGUGCGAACGUAUUGCGCGAACGAGAAAGAUGUCCACUGAUACGCUCAAUUGUACGAGGAGGAGAAAAUGAGAGAAAGGAGAAUGCAGAUGGAGGAAUUAUUUUUUAAAUAUUGCUUUUGCAUCCGGCUCGUCGACCGCGUCAACGCGAUCCGAGCUCUCGUUGAAUCGUGCCACGUGUCAGGCGUCGUUGCGAAAAGAGACACACGAGCGUUCCCCGCUUUCUGCACAUUUUAUUUUGGCAUCUGCUCACGGAGCGAGACAGCUCAAGGAACGCACCUUCGAAGCCAACGCAAACAGAACGCAAACCAUGGUUCAAGGCGAAACAGGAAAUUGAAGGAACAAAAAGAAAAGGAAAAAUGCAGAACGCGCGUUUACGUUUUCUCUCGUGGUUUUUAGAUGUACAUAGGAAAAAAGAAAAAAAAAAAGAAAAAAGAAGAAAAGAAGUCGUGUAUCCAGGGUUCGUGCAAUCGACGAUGCACCGAGUCGGCUGUUCAAUUGUCGUCGAUCUAACCGUGUACAAAAUGCGUUAAACGAAUUACGAGCCUGAAAGUAUCGUUGUUGAAGAAAUUCCGCGUAUCAGAGAAACAUAUCGCACGAAGGCGUCGAAAGUAUGAGACCAGGGGCUAGAGUCAUGCGAUGCGUUCCUAAACGAAGCUACGCGUAGGAAAAAGCGCGAUAGGAAACACACGGUGUUGCGAAGAGGGUCGCGGUGGCCACGAUGAGAAUAUCGCGCGAUACCGGAACACACACACACGCGCACACACACACACACACACACACACACACACACACACACACACACGUGUUCCUUCUUCUUUUUUUUUUCACCCGAAGAGGCGAAUAACUACGAUCGAGGAGAAGUUUCCCGGGCGUAUCGCGCGAGAAUCCGGACAGCUCGCGAAUCGCGGGCCUGUAAAUAGUUUCGAAACCUUGAGUAACGCGACGUCUCCGUGCGUGCAGAACGUCCGUUGUGUAGCGUUCCCCAGUUUUCCUCGAGCCUUCGAACCUUCUUCUUUUCGUUUCGCUCUUUUCUUUUCUGCUUCCCAUUACCUUCGCCACCGUAGCAGCGUGGCUGAAGAUUGUGGGUGAAAAAAAAGAAAAUUCUAUUUCGAAGCUCUUAAUUAAAGAAAAGAAAAAAAAAAAAAGUACGAAUGGAACAAGAUGCCAGUAUAUGCUAGAGCCAGUUUAUAUUGUUAAAGAAAGAAAAAAAAAAAAAAAGAGAGAGAAGAAAGAGAGAGAAGAGGAGGAACCUCUACGUGUAAGAUUAGCGCGAAGAUCGACAAAUUAAUACUUGUUAUGUGUUGUAUUUUGAUAGGGAAUAGUGCCUUUUAACGUUUAAGGAAGAAAACGCUGCGUUAGGCCUUAAGUAUACUGUUAGUGCCUUAAGUCACGCGAAUCUUCGUGCUUGUACACAUUUCAUAACGCGAUCAUUCGAAUCCUCUCGUCCAGAGGACCAGCGAAGAUACAUCGAGCGUCGGAUUCAUUCGUUCGAGAUUCACGGAAAUCAACUGUCACGAGAUCCCCGGAUGCUCUCGUCUCAACGGAAACGAAAUGUGCAAAAUUUUUGUCGAUCGUACCCGGAUAUCCUCGGAAUAUAUACAUCUCGCGCUUGCUCUUCGACUCGUCCUCACUUUACUUCGACAUCCGUCACUCGUUGCGCAUCGUUCUAUCCACGAUUUUCAUCCAAACGAUCGAUCGCGUAACAACGUAGCUACGUCGAAAAUCGAAAACGCUCGUCUCGGCUGUUUCUCACCUGUUUCGAGAGGCGUCCUCGUUUCGGUUCGUCUCGCGGCUCCAGCGAAAGAAGCACACACACACACACGCACACGCACACACGCAAUCCAUCCACGGUACGUUGCCCGUUAUAAGGCCCAAAGCAGCGACCACGCCUCCCACCCGGUUGACCGUAUGAAUAAUUUUCGUGCGAUCGUCACUGCGAAACACAAUCCGAAAAUGAACGAGGUGCCACCCAGGAUGCCACUAUACGAUCUUGAUGACUGAUACCGUUGUACCUCUCCUGUAAGGGGAUUUCUUCGGCGGUGCAGCAGCCGUCAGUAAUCUGAGCAGAGCGAGGGCGAUGAGAAAUGCAUACUGACGUCAUGCCGACACCCUCUUUGAUCAUUAUCAUUUUUUUUCAGUGCCGUGAGAGCUCGUGCCGAGUCGUAACGCUUCUCUUAACGAUACGCAUCCCAACAACCGUCGCGCCGUUAUGCAUACCACCACACCUCGGGACGAUUUAUUUUGGCUAAUUGUCGGCCGGGUGAUGAAGCGUUACAUCGUUUCCGCUUGACUUUCACCUACCGUGUAUUCGCGUAUCAACGUAUCAGCGCGCGUCGUCCCAGCGAUAUUAUCCUCCGUCUUGGAAUCAUGUUUUUCCCUCCCCGUUUUCGCGACUCGAUCGAUCGAACCAGCUCCCCUCGAUCCGAGAGAUUCGAUCGUCGAAUCACAUUCCGAUCGUUGUCAACACGUAGCGGACAAAGCGUUCCUUAAUCGUUGCUUAAAUUAUCGUGGAAGAAUUGUUUCCCAUGAGCCAAGAGGCAGUCUCGAAAAUGCGCGACGAUCCCGUCGAGAUCUCGACGAACAUUCCACGAGCACACACAUUCCUAGGAGCGCGCGCGCGCGCGCGCGCGGCGAGUAAAUUCGCGAAAACAGAUCCCGGACAAAGCGUGUCGGCAAUUUGUAUCUCACGUUAAUGCGAGGCUAUUCAAUUUCCCGUAGAAGGUGAACCAUCGGCGAGACAGGAAACCGAGUUGAACGGGUAAACGAGUUGAACGCGACCGAUCCUCUACAAAGGCCCCCGCCGCCGCCUAGAGGAAUUAGCAUUUCAAGUGCCUUAACAGACGCCAACUGACACCUAACUAAUCGAGGGUACGCGUUCGAAUUGAAAUCACCUUGUGCGAUCGAGUGCACGAGCUUUCGACCACGCUUCGAUUUAA